AAUCACAGCGCUGCUGACUUCAUCGUUGCCUCACCAGCGACCACCAUCCGCUAGCUGCGUUAGCAUCAGUCUGGAUGAGGAGCUACGCUGCGGAGACACCGACACAUCUGUUUACUGAACUCCCUCCGGUUAUGUUUAAAUCUGGACUUCACUGAACUUAACAGUCGUCCAACGAAAGACCCCGCGGAAGAUGCAGUUCAUGCUGUUGUUCAGCCGGCAGGGAAAGCUGCGGUUACAGAAAUGGUACGUGCCUCUGUCUGACAAGGAGAGGAAGAAGAUCUCCAGAGACCUGGUCCAGACCAUACUGGCCAGGAAGCCCAAGAUGUGCAGCUUCUUGGAGUGGAGGGACCUCAAGAUUGUGUACAAGAGAUACGCCAGCCUGUAUUUCUGCUGUGCAGUCGAGGAUCAGGAUAAUGAGCUGAUCACCCUGGAGAUCAUCCACAGAUACGUGGAGCUGCUGGACAAAUAUUUCGGCAGUGUGUGCGAGUUGGACAUUAUCUUUAACUUUGAGAAGGCCUACUUCAUCCUGGAUGAGUUCCUGCUGGGCGGAGAGGCACAGGAGACGUCCAAGAAGAACGUGCUGAAGGCCAUCGAGCAGGCCGACCUGCUGCAGGAGGAGGCCGAGGCACCACGGAGCGUUUUAGAAGAAAUUGGGCUGACAUAAAUCCUGAUGCUGCUGCCUGGCAGCUCCUUCUCCACAGCUGCAGAUCUGGCAACCCUCCACCUCUCUUUCCCGUCUUUUCUCCUGUGUCAGUGUUGUAUGUAUAUAAUCACCACCUAUGUACUGUAUUACUCUGUUCUGUACUAUCCAGUAAUGUCCUUUUCAAUGUGGUGCCAACUGUGGUUUGAAUGUGCCUCCUAUGAACAAGCUCCCUCGCUGUAUUCUGCAGUACUAUUAGCAUAACUUCACACCCCAAACUUCCUAAAACUCCACACAGUACAAUGUAGCGAAGACAUGAAAACUGCAGCAUCAUAUUAAGAUCAUCUAUCAUCACAUGUUUGGCUUAAAAGGGAUUUUUAAGGUGCUGUUGAAGACGCAGAUGGAGAUUCUCGGUGUGAAUAACCUUCGUAUUUGAGUCUAAGAGCUAAGCAUCCGAAUUCAUGAAAAAUAAAUAUACAGCGAGGGUCAUUUAAUAGAAUUCCAAACUGAUACUUGGUCCUCUGCAGAAAAACACAGGAUUUUACCUUGUUUCUCAAGAGCAAAAUUCUAAUGCAUUAUUUGAUUUAAUAUAAAUCCAGCAAAAAAAAAAAAACCCUCCGUAGUUAA